AUGCAACUUCUACUUCUCGUCCUCGCCGGGCUUUUUGCGACCCUGACCUCCGCAUGCGGUUAUCCCUUCAACAACAACCGGCUUACCAACAGUUCCUUGGUCGACGACUUCAUCGCCGACCUGGAAGUAUCUGGACAGCUCGGCGAUAAUGGCGGCCAAGGCUGGAUGUCAGUCAUCAACGAUCGGAUUCCAGAUAGAACGGUCUGGCCCGAUCUGGGCCCCGAAAAUGACCCAUACGUUUGGAUCGAUUACUGCUUUGCCACUGAUGAGGACUACAAAGCGCUCAACGACGUCGGGGACGACUGCGUCAACUUCGACUGCUCCAAACUCGAGGGCUACGAGACUGCCAAGAAGAAAGUGGAGACUGAGCCCGAGUGGAAGGGGAAAACGAUUGAAGACGUCUGCAAAUCGAACUUUCUGGGAUACCUGAACGGCCUCCAUUUUGCAGCACCAACCGCGUACUGUACCGACAUGGGUCUCGCAAAAGAUGACAGGACAUCAUUGCUACAGUACUCGGAUACGACAUACAACUACGACUCUAUCAUGCACUACCCCUCUCAAGCGUUCGCUACGAAUCAGCGAGGUGCCGUCAACGAGCUACCCCUUGUACGCUGGAAGAAUGGACGUCCCAGUGACGGUUCGGGGCCGAACGAUGAGAACGCACAAUCCAUUCCAACUUGGACGGUGAUUUCGGAUGGAGAUAAGAGGGGCGUUCAGCAGUAUUAUCCGUACGUGGGACCUACAGAGAAUGAACAGGAUCAAGGUGUACAGGAUUCUUCGGUCACCGUGAACAACAUCAGUCCAUCUUCGACACAUCUUAAUUACCAGAUUACCCCCAACUCAACAUCAAGAGCUCCAGACCAUCUACUAGCUAUGGCGGCUGUUUCGGUUGCACUUAAUCUCGACUUAUCGAACCUCAACGUUAGCACCGGAAACGACGAUACCAACGUGUCCAGCGACUUCUCCUACGGCUUCUCGCACGCGAACGGCACCAACGGUAACAAUGCCAAACCCCUCCCAAUCGUGAUUGCGGGAGGCGGUUGCGUCGGUCUGUUUCUAGCCCUCCUCCUCGCACAGUCAGACAUACCCAACAAGGUGGUCGUCAUCGAACCGCAGCAGCCAGAUCCAAUGUCGACGCGCGCAAUGGCACAUCAACCUCCAACAUAUCCCAUCUUAUCCAAAGUCGAAGGCCUACUACCGGAGUUGAUAAAGACAGGAAGUUUGAGCUCAGGCCUAUGUUUCCGAACGAGCAUCCAAAACGGCAGCAAAGUGAUCGCAAGCAAAGAGUUCGACAACUCGGGCGAAGGCAUGAAAGGAAAAGGUCAACUCCUCCUACCACAGGGAAAAUUCCAACAAGUCCUCAUGAAGCGCCUAGCAGCUCUGGGUGACGAAAAGGCAGAAGUGCGCCUCGGAACAAGCGUCUCAUCCUUCAAAUCAACCCCCAGCAGCGUCACCGUGCAAAUCACCCCCGAAGCCACCUCCCUGCAACUCGGCGACGAAUCCCUCGAAGCCCUCUACCUACUCGACGCAUCCGGCGCCCACUCCACCAUCCGCAAAGACCUCAACAUCAGCCUCGAAGGCGAAACACUCGACGCCCAACUCGUAGCCACAGACCUUUACUUCGACUUCCACGCCCACGGCUUCCACGACGCGAACUUCAUCAUGGAUCCGCUGAACUACGGUCUCAUUGGCCGUAUUAACCACGCCGACGCCCGGGAUGGGAAACCAGCCUUAUGGCGCGUGAGUUAUGGGGUUCCGAUUGGGGUGUCUGAGGAGGAGAUUAUGAGGACGCUGCAUGAGAAAUUGGGGGUUAUGAUGCCAGAUGGAGGACGGGAUGGGCAGGGGGAUAAGGCGUAUGAGGUUGUGAGGGUGGCGCCGUAUAAAGCGCAACAGCGGCUCGUUCCGUCGUUGUAUCAUCACGACGAGCGUGUCUGUCUUGUUGGGGAUGCGGCGCAUUUGACGAAUCCGUAUGCAGGACUUGGGCUGGCGUCUGGUAUGGCGGAUGCGUCUUCGCUCUCUGAGGUUCUCGUUCGUGUUCUUACUGGGAAGGCUGCGGAUGAUGAGAGGUUGUUGAACGCUUGGUCAACGGCAAGGAGGGAGAGCUUUCUCAAUGUUGUGGACAAGCCUUCGAGGAUGGCGUAUAAGCGGGUCAAGGCUGAUGUCAGCAAUGAUGAGAAGAUACAGGAGAUGAUGAGUAAAGAUCCGCUUGUGGGUGCGUUGAAGAAGGGUAUGCCUGUUCAGCCGCCGAGUUUAGAGACGAAGGGGGAGGAGUUGGAGGGGUGGUGA